AUGGGAGGAAACGUAGAAGCAAAGGGCAACACCUUUGUGACUGCUGAAUUCAAUUUCCAUUUUGAUUCAGAGGCAGCCCAUAUAGUGCUAAACGAAUUCACAUCUCCAAUAUCUUUGGUAACAUGGGAAGUGUGCCUCCAACAUGCCCUACCAUGGGAUUUUUACUAUACCUACUGUGGUCUGGAGACAAAGAAAGCUCAUUUUGUAAAGAAGAUUACACGAGCAAGUUCAGAUUUUUAUAAAAAGAAGUUUGCAGGUAUGGGUGUAGGUUAUACAAGCUGUGACCCUUUAGCCUUAGGUGUUGCUGUUCAGCCAGAUAUUGUCUCUAAAGAGACAAGUGUGUAUGCAACAGUUGAACUUCAUGGGCAUUUGACUCGGGGCCAAAUGGUUGUAGAUUGGCGAGCACAUCUUGGAAAGAAACCCAAUGUCAAGAUAGUACAAGAAGUUGACCUGGAAGCCUACAAAGCCCAGAUGAUGAAGUCUGUGCAGUAG